AUGUCGGACUUCUCCAUGUUCCAUGCCCUCGGGCAGCAUUCCAUAAACCCAAACGACCCAAAAGUCGAGCCCGAAGCGCCCCAGUUCCGACCGCCAAUUGCACCAGCACCCUCGGGGUAUCAUCAAUCAGGUUCAUAUCAGAGCGCUCCUCCGCAACAGCAACAAUAUGACCCUUCUGUCGCCCACACACAGCCGGGAACGCAAGCUGGGAACCCGCCAUACCAGGAGCAGGGAUACUUCGCGCCACCAGGAUCAACGCCAGGAGCCGCACCACCCGCCGGAAUGGAGGGAUUGACACAACAGAUGAGCCACGUCGGUUUAGGGACCGAAGGCGCGGCUCCGGCAAGGACACAUAAAAAGCGAGAUCGGCAUGCCUACCACAAUAUCGAGACGCCGGGAGGCAGCUCGCAAGCGUUCAAUGGGAUGCCCCAAGGGCAGGUUGCGCCCUCUCAAUAUCUUAACCAACAGAUCACUCCUGCGAUGAACCAAUUCCCUGCCGCUGCGAACCCGAUAUUCACCCCUCAAGACCAAGCGACGGCACCGCAGCAUGCCGCGCGGAGCAAUACCCCUCUCCAAGGCAGUGCCGUCACAUCCGCGCAGGGACGAGUCGAUCCGGAGCAGAUCCCAAGCGUCCCUCGAGCCCGGGACUUUGCAACCCAAUACUAUCUGGACCAUGCGUAUGCGACUGUGGAGCGACAUUUACCACCUCCUGCGGCGGUCCCGUACAUUGCCUUCGAUCAAGGCAAUGCCUCGCCGAAAUUCACCCGAUUGACGCUCAAUUGCAUCCCCUCGACACAAGAAGCGCUUGCGGCUACCAGCCUUCCUCUCGGCCUCAUAGUGCAACCAUUGGCGCGGUUGCAAGAUGGAGAGCAACCCAUACCGGUGUUGGAUUUCGGCGACAUGGGCCCUCCCCGCUGUCGACGAUGUCGAGCUUACAUCAAUCCUUUCAUGACCUUCCUUUCAGGAGGGAGCAAGUUCGUGUGCAACAUGUGUACAUUCCCGAAUGACGUUCCGCCAGAAUAUUUCUCGCCGACCGACCCCUCCGGUGUACGGGUCGAUCGACCGCAACGGCCGGAGCUAAUGCUGGGAACGGUCGAGUUUAUGGUUCCGAAGGAAUACUGGGGGAAGGAGCCGGUGCCAUUACGAUGGCUGUUUUUGAUCGAUGUGUGUGAAGAGUCGGUGAACAAGGGGUUCGUGGAUGCUUUCUGCGAGGGAAUCAUGAGCGCCCUAUACGGCCCAUUUGACUCGGACAAUGACAAUGAGGAGGCUGGACGGCUGCCACCGGGGUCACAAAUUGGCAUCGUCACGUUCGACAAGGAGAUUCAUUUCUAUAAUUUGAGCGCGGGGUUGGAAAAGGCGCAAAUGAUGGUCAUGACCGAUAUUGAGGACCCGUUCGUUCCGUUUAGUGAAGGCAUGUUCGUCGAUCCCGAGGAGUCGCGGACCGUCAUCACCGCAUUGCUUACGCAGUUGCCGAACAUGUUCUCCGGGCUCAAGAACCCCGAACCGGCGCUGCUCUCGACACUCAAUGCCGCACUGGAAGCGUUAUCUACGACUGGAGGGAAGAUUGUUUGCUCAAUAGGCGAGCUGCCAACAUGGGGACCAGGACGGCUCUUUUUCCGCGAUGAUACCAAGAUGCACGGGACCGAUGCAGAGAAGAAGCUGCUCACCACCGAGCAUCCUCUGUGGACGAAAGCGGCCACGAAAAUGGUGGAACAUGGCAUCGGAGUGGAUUUCUUCAUGGCGGCUCCCAGUGGCGGCUUUCUUGAUAUCGCGACUUUAGGUCUCGUCUCGUCGAAAUCCGGAGGUGAAAUCUACUACUAUCCCAACUUCCAUGCCCCUCGCGAUUCCCUUCGAUUGGCACGGGAGAUCAAACAUACCGUGACACGGGAAACCGGAUACCAAGCCCUCAUGAAAGUUCGCUGUUCGAACGGCUUGCAAGUAUCCGCGUACCAUGGCAAUUUCACCCACCAUACGUUCGGAGCGGAUCUAGAGUUCGGCGCCAUCGACUCGGAUAAGGCGCUCGCCGUCAUGUUCAGCUACGACGGCAAGCUGGACCCGAAACUCGAUGCGCAUUUCCAAAGCGCGUUGCUUUAUACGACGGCCAGCGGCCAGCGACGGGUACGAUGCAGCAACAUUGUCGCGAGCGUGUCAGAGGGGUCGAUCGAGGCGAUGAAGCUCGUCGAUCAAGAAGCCGUCGUGGACGUGAUCGCCAAGGAGGCCGCCUCACGAGUACCCGAGAAGUCGCUCAAGGACGUUCGAAGCGCGUUGAACGAGAAGACCGUCGAUAUCCUGGCGAGCUACCGAAAGCUAUCCUCGGGAUCCCAUCCACCCGGCCAAUUGAUCCUGCCCGAACUGAUGAAAGAGUUCAGCAUGUACAUGCUCGGCCUGAUCAAGUCUCGCGCUCUGAAAGGCGGACGCGAACCCACCGAUCGUCGCGUUCACGAUCUGAAAUUGCUGAAGCAGAUGGGCGCCAUGGAGAUGUCCCUGUACCUGUACCCCCGCGUCAUCUCCCUCCACGACCUCGACGAGAAAGACGGCUUCCCCAACGAAAACGGCCACCUCCGCAUGCCCGCCACCGUACGCGCGAGCUUCUCCCGCGUCGAAGAGGGCGGCGUCUACAUCGUCGACAAUGGCCAAAUUUGCCUCCUCUGGCUGCACGCGCAGGUAUCCCCGAACCUCCUCGAAGACCUGUUCGGACCGGGAAAUACCACACUCAAAUCGCUGGACGCGUUCCUUGCUGCCCUGCCGGUCCUGGAUACCCACCUCAACGCGCAGGUGCGCAACAUCCUGCAGUACCUGGAGACGACGCGCGGGUCCAAGGCGUUGACGCUGCAGCUCGCGCGACAGGGGCUGGACGGCGCGGAAUACGAGUACGCGCGGCUGCUGUACGAGGACCGGAACAACGAGGCGCAGAACUAUGUGGACUGGCUGGUUCACCUGCAUCGACAGAUCACCAUGGAACUUUCCGGCCAGCGGAAGAAAGAAGAGUCGACGAGCGAUCCGUUGGCGGCGAUAGGCACGGGAUUUUCGGGCUUUCGGCCGUACUGGGGUUGA